UCACCUGUAGAGAACAGAAAAGGCGGGAAAAGAGGACCCAAAAGGAGCCUAGAGGUGGCGCCCGGGAGCAGGAGAAGAGGGCAGGCGGGUGGAAGAUUCUACCUCCCUGAGGCGACUGCUGGUCCUCGGCCCGUGGAUAAUAGCCGUUGAGUCCGGGGGUGGGCUUGAAGCACACAGGCAGUGGUGCCUAGAAAGCAGCUCCCAACACCCCUACCUCCCAGGACACCCAAAGAACAGUAGCCGCCAUGCAUCUUCCUGAAAGCCUGCAGGACCUGGCGGACAAUGAGACUGUGCGCUUUCUGAGGAGGCCAAAGAGCAUCUUGAGGAUCUGUGGAGGGGUCUUUUCCCUGGUCAUCUUUUCCUCUCUACUAACUGAUGGUUACCAGAACAGGACAGAGUCUCCUCAGCUCCAUUGCGUCCUCAACAGCAAUCAGGUGGCCUGUAGCUUCGCAGUUGGAGCUGGCUUCCUGUCCUUCCUCAGCUGCUUGGUCUUCCUUGCCCUAGACGCCCGUGAGAGCCGUAUCUCAGGCACCCGCUUGAAGACAGCCUUCCAGCUCUUGGACUUCAUCCUGGCUGUCCUCUGGGCAGGUGUCUGGUUUGUGGCCUUCUGCUUCCUAGCCCGCCAGUGGCAGCAUUCGAAGUUCAAGCAUUUCCUCUUGGGGAACAGCAGCGCCAAGGCAGCCAUUGCCUUUGCUUUCUUCUCCGUCCCUGUCUGGAUAUUCCAGGCUUACCUGGCCUUCCAGGACCUCCGAGAUGAGGUUCCAGUCCCCUACAAGCGCUCCCUGGAUGAAGGUGGUGUGGUCCUGAAUACCCUCUCCCCAUCAUCCACCACCAGCUCCGCCAACCCUCCUACCACAAGCCCCAACAGUGUGAGUUACACCAGCUCAGCCCUGUCCCCCUAUCUAAGUGCUUCAAAGGCCCCCCGCCUGGCCAUGAUGCCAGACAGCUAAACAGCCUUACCUACAUGAGUAAAGAGCUCUUCUCCCUCUGAGGAGUUUCUGAAUAA